AGGGAGGAAGGCAAUCCCCUGCCCCCUACUCUGGCCAAGAGGAUAGACAACACCUCUGACAGAAGACAGAACAGUGUUUAGCGUGUGACGAGGCCAGUCCAGAUGAAGAGGCAGACUUUAUCCUUUGGGCAUGGAACACACAUGAGCAAGAGACUGACUGGGUCAGCACUCUGUCAUGGCCUGAGGGCACAGCUGGAUUGGAAGGGGAGGGAUGGAGGCAGCAGGGAGACAGGCUCAGCUCCUAGAACUCCGGACAAACAACUACCAGCUUUCAGAUGAACUACGCAAGAAUGGUGUUGAACUUACCAGUCUUCGACAGAAGGUCGCCUACCUGGAUAAGGAGUUCAACAAAGCUCAGAAGGCACUGAGCAAGAGCAAGAAAGCUCAGGAAGUCGAGGGGCUGCUGAGUGAAAAUGAGAUGCUGCAGGCAAAGCUGCACAGCCAGGAGGAGGACUUCCGUUUGCAGAACAGCACGCUUAUGGCCGAGUUCAGCAAGCUCUGUAGCCAGAUGGAACAGCUGGAGCGGGAGAACCAGCAACUGAAGGAUGGGGCUGCCAGGGCAGGGGCUACCCAAGCCGGGAGCCUUGUGGAUGGGGAGCUGCUGAGACUGCAGGCAGAGAACACAGCCUUGCAGAAGAACGUGGCAGCCCUGCAGGAGCGCUACGGGAAAGAGGCUGGGAGGUCCCCAGCUGCCAGUGAGGAUCAAGGGGAUCCCUUGGGGGGCCCAGCUUCCCCUGUCCUGGCCCCCAUGCCAUUGGCAGAAGUGGAGCUGAAAUGGGAAAUGGAGAAGGAGGAAAAGAGACUGCUCUGGGAGCAACUGCAAGGCUUGGAGCAGACCUUGAAGCAGGCUGAAACAUCCAGGCUGCAGGAAGAACUUGCUAAGCUUGCCGAGAAACUGAAAAAGAAACAAGAAAGUUUUUGCCGUCUGCAGACAGAAAAGGAGACACUAUUCAAUGACAGCCGGAACAAGAUUGAGGAGUUACAACAGCGGAAGGAAGCUGAUCUCAAAGCCCAGUUGGCUCGAACUCAGAAGCUGCAACAGGAACUUGAGGCUGCCAAUCAGAGCUUGGCAGAGCUGAGAGAUCAGCGGCAGGGGGAGCUCCUGGAGCAUGCGGCAGCUCUGCGAGCCCUACAAGAUCAGGUGUCCAUCCAGAGUGCGGAUGCGCAGGAACAAGUGGAAGGACUUUUGGCUGAGAACAAUGCCUUGAGGACUAGCCUGGCUGCCCUGGAGCAGAUCCAAACAGCAAAGACCCAAGAACUGAAUACGCUCCGGGAACAGACUGCUGGGCUGACAGCUGAGUUGCAGCAGCGGCAGACUGAGUAUGAGGACCUCAUGGGACAGAAAGAUGACCUCAACUCCCAGCUCCAGGAGUCAUUGCGAGCCAAUAGUCGGCUGCUGGAACAACUUCAGGAGCUCGGGCAGGAGAAGGAGCAAUUGACCCAGGAACUACAGGAGGCUCGUAAGAGUGCUGAGAAGCGGAAGGCCAUGCUGGAUGAGCUAGCCAUGGAGACGCUGCAGGAGAAGUCCCAGCACAAGGAGGAGCUGGGAGCAGUCCGACUACGGCACGAGAAGGAGGUGCUGGGGGUGCGCGCCCGCUACGAGCGUGAGCUCCGUGAGCUACAUGAAGACAAGAAGCGUCAGGAGGAGGAGCUGCGCGGGCAGAUCCGCGAGGAGAAGGCCCGAACGCGGGAGCUGGAGACUCUCCAGCAGACAGUGGAAGAACUUCAAGCUCAGGUACACUCCAUGGAUGGAGCCAAGGGCUGGUUUGAACGGCGCUUGAAGGAGGCUGAGGAAUCUCUGCAGCAGCAGCAGCAGGAACAAGAGGAAGCCCUCAAGCAGUGUCGGGAGCAGCACGCCGGCGAGCUGAAGAGCAAGGAAGAGGAGCUGCAGGGUGUGCGGGAUCAGCUCCAACAGGCCCAGGAGGAGCGGGACUGCCACCUGAAGACCAUCAGCAGCCUGAAGCAGGAGGUGAAGGACACGGUGGAUGGGCAGCGAAUCCUGGAGAAGAAGGGCAGUGCUGCGCUCAAGGACCUCAAACGGCAGCUGCACCUGGAGCGGAAACGGGCGGAUAAACUGCAGGAGCGGUUGCAGGACAUCCUCACCAAUAGCAAGAGCCGCUCAGGGCUCGAGGAGCUGGUUCUAUCAGAGAUGAAUUCACCAAGCCGGACCCAGACUGGGGACAGCAGUAGCAUCUCCUCCUUCAGCUACCGCGAGAUCUUGCGGGAGAAGGAGAGCUCGACUGUUCCAGCCAGGUCCUUAUCCAGCAGCCCUCAGGCCCAGCCCCCGCGGCCAGCAGAGCUGUCAGAUGAGGAAGUGGCUGAGCUCUUUCAGCGCCUGGCAGAGACGCAGCAGGAAAAGUGGAUGCUGGAGGAGAAGGUGAAGCACCUGGAGGUGAGCAGUGCGUCCAUGGCAGAGGACCUCUGCCGGAAGAGCGCCAUCAUCGAGACCUAUGUCAUGGACAGCCGGAUUGAUGUGUCUGUGGCAGCAGGCCACACAGACCGUAGUGGGCUGGGCAGCGUCCUGAGAGACCUAGUGAAGCCAGGCGACGAGAACCUUCGGGAGAUGAACAAGAAGUUACAGAACAUGCUGGAGGAACAGCUCACCAAGAAUAUGCACUUGCACAAGGACAUGGAAGUUCUGUCCCAGGAAAUUGUGCGGCUCAGCAAGGAGUGCGUGGGGUCCCCCGACCCAGACCUAGAGCCGGGAGAAGCCAGCUAAAGACCUGCAGGCUGCACCCACUCCCUCCCUUCCCCACCCGCCAUUCCCUUGGGCUGUGGUGGGAAAAUGGGGGCCAGCGCCAAAAUCAGAUAGGUUGGGAGACUGGACAUUAAAGGGGUUGGAGGCCUGGUGGCUGGCGUUAGUGACCCUGUCUUAGGGCCGAGGCCCCUGGGGAGUGGGGAAUCCUGAGGGGAGGGGCAGGGAUUCUCCUCCUUCUUGGCCCUGGCUCCCAGGGGCCUUUGCCUUCAUCUCUGCAUGAGCUCUCCCUCCCAGAGACCAACUCUUUUUUAAUUUUAUUUUAUUUUUUAAUUUAUGUCUGGAAGCCUGGCUACUCUGCAUUUGGGAUUGGGGAUGCUGGGUGGGGCACGGUCCAUGUUCAGCGUUCUAGCAACAUGUGUGUGUGUGUGUAAAAGCUGUGCAGCCAAAAUACCAUCUGGCCAGACUGGCCCACCCAC